GAAAAAAUAAGAAACAAAAAUGGCCGAGAUCAGCAAGUUAUGGUGCUGAGGUUAAGUUUACAAAUCUAUCGAUAAAAAUAAGCCAACAAUUAGGAAUCUCCCGUCUUAUUUUCGAUGAGCAGAACGCCGUGAAUAGCCAGACUGUUGACAAGUGCGUAGAACAGAUAUUUCGUCAACAAACGUCAUGUUUUCUCCAUCAAUAAGUUCGGUGACGAGUUCACCGAUGAAUUCGCCAGGCUCCAUGGCAUUGGAAACUGCGAAAAAUAUGAAGGAUUUGGCAAUUUUCAAAACACCAAGAGGUCCAGCCAAAAGAAGCAAAGCCAAAGUUCUCGACGAGGAGACCUACGUGGAAAAGAUAGGUGAGAUCAUUCAGAGAGACUUUUUCCCUGAUCUAGAGAAAUUAAAGGCACAGAAUGAGUAUAUCGAUGCAUUGGAGAGUAACGAUACAAAAAAGAUGAGAGAACUCUUUGAGAAAUACAGCUUUGAGCGACCAAGAACUUCAGAACGACUCGCCAGUCCUGCAACCUUUGAGACUCCCGUUCACAAGGAAAACAGUAGUGAAGACACACCGAAAUCCACAGCCUCUACCAGCUGUAAAGCUAAGGAACCAAAAACAGAGGAGCGCAGAGUUGGGCUGGAUGAGUUUUUGAGUACAAACACUAGCGAAGAUAAUGCUAGCUUUGAAGAAAUAGUGUUUGAGAAUGAAAAGAAACACAGGCUUAAAUAUGCCUGGCUGUAUAAGACAGAAACAGAGCCAAACAUUCUUGCGAUUGAAAAUAACAGUGAUAGGUUACUAGCUAUCGAAAAUGGUAAGAAGAAUAGACCUUUUCAGAUAGACACCUGGAGUUACAAAAACAAAAAUUACAUUAUGUAUAUACCCGAUGGAGUUGAGCUGACGACAGAGGAGAAAAUAGAAAUGGCCAAGAAAAGACAAGAAGUUAUCCACUACAACACAAGGCUAAAAGUAAAUCCUUUCAACGAACAGCAGAAUAAGGAAACUAUCAGUGAAUUAGCAAAAAUUCAGUCCAAAGCGAAUGAUGGAAAAAUAGGAGUGGAUGGCAAAGAAAUUGUAAGAACCGAAACACCCAGGAUAAAUGGCUAUACCAUAUUAGCCACACCGACACCAACACCAAGUAUUCCUGAAAUUCCCGAUAGUCCUCUUAUGACCUGGGGUCAAAUUGAGGGAACUCCAUUCAGAUUGGAUGGCGGUGAUACUCCUCUGUUGCAUGCAACUCAAGGUCCUUCUUUUCGAAUGGCAGAACCACCCAAGAGGGAAAAACUUGCCAUGCAGUUAGCUGAGAAAGCUGGAGAGAGAAAUCGAGAUAAAAAAAUUAAAGCAUUGAAUGCAGCACGACGAUCCCUAGCAACGCCAUCACCAAGAUCAACAAUCGAUCGACUAAGCACAAUGUCACCAGCUGCCAGGCGACUUGCGACGCAAAAGUUACGCAUUUCUGUCAGUCCAUCGCCAAACCGAUUGUCAUCUUCAAAAACACCUUUGAGAACACCUCUAUUUGGAAUAAGGACGCCGAAUACACCCAGGGCUACGACACCUCGUGUUAAAACAAGUGCACCAAAUGCAUCUCCAAAGCCACAGACUCCUGUUUUAACAGACAACUUGUUAAAUCUACCUCAAAGACAAAGAGCAGCAGACUUUUUUUAACUAUUUCGUGCAAAUAACUUAUUAGUCUUUAUUCGUGAAAAGCGCGUGUACUGAUAAGCUAGUAAAAACCUAUCUAUUUUUAAUAUAAAUCGCGUAAUAUAAAUGAAGUAUUUGACGUUAAAGUUGUUACAAUACUCGCGUUGUAGAAAAAAAAGACAAUUAUUGUACAUAAAUAUUAUUGAGAAUAUUCAUAACUAAGAGAAAUAUAUACACUUUUGUUAUAUUUAGAAAUAUUUCGUGACGUAUUGACUUAUUUAUUGUUCAUAAGGGUAUUGAAUAGUCUACUAAAAUGUGAAAUUCACGUAUAAUUCGAUAAAAUAUUAUAGAAGCUGACAAGAACGAUGUAAUUUCACAUUGACUGUAGCUCUCUGCAAGGUCAUUCGUCGAUGACGCUGACUAAUGCAAGCUGUUUUCGUUAUGCUGAUCGCGCAUUACUUCAGGAGCCGUUCAGUCAUUUCAAUAGUCUUGUACAAAAUCGCCUGGAUCUUCAUAGUGAGAGAUUUCACUCUGCAUUAGAAACUUUUCCUAAACUAGAAUCUACGAAUCGUCAUUCGAGAAUUCGAAAAACUUCACAAUAAAAUAUUUUUGCAUACAUUUUAAA